UGCCAAAAGGGGGAUACCCACUUUAUCAUAUCAUCAACAACAAACAACAACAACAACGAACGGAUCCAAAAUCGACGAUAACAGAAAAAAAAAAAAACCCUAACCCUAACCCUACCCUUUGCCCCCAAAUUUCAUCUCCAAAUCAACCGAUCCUACAAACCUUCCUGCACAAGAUUCCUCUAUACCAUAGCGUUACGGCUUUCUUAAUUUAGGGUUAGGGUUAGGUUUAGGUUUUUGCUCCAAUGGACGGUUGCAUGUACGGCGGCGCUCUGGCGGCAUGAGCACCGGACAAUGUCACCGGCGCCGGAAGAUGAUGGGUAGAAGUGCCAACGGAGGUUGCGGCACUGAGGAGAAACAUUGUCCGGUUAAUACUUCUAGGGUUCCGAACAAGUCUUCGUUAGAAGAUAUAGAUACAAAUAUAGAUAUAGAUACAGGUAUAGGUAAAGAGAAUAAGUUUCUACUGGAAGACGCACCACUGGCUCGGACUGUUGGUGUAGGUGUGGAUUUGUAUUCACAGGCUUGUAAGGCGCUUGCCGUUGUAUCGCCUUUUGACGUGGAGGAUGGGCAGGGUAAGAGUUCGAGUUCGACUUCGGGUGUUGUUACUACGCUUCCCGCUGGUUUGGCGAGUUGCUUGACUAAGCAUGUGGACAGUAGGAAGCGGCAUAAGAAGACGCAUUUGACGGAUACGAAGAAGAAUAAUAAGGUGUCUUCGAGACAGGAGAAGGGUAAGGGGAGUAGCAUUUGGGUUGAGACCGAGGGCUAUUUUAGGGAGUUGAGUGUGGAGGAUGUUGAGAGGUUGAAUGGGACUUCUUAUUUUAGAGGUAAUGCGGUCUUUACGAUUCCGUUUAUUGGACAUAGUGCGAGUGAAAUAAACAAUCAUGGUGGUGCUGUUGUUGCGGGUGGGGAGCAGCAUGAUGUUAACCAGUUUAUGGAAGUAGACGGUGUAGGUGGUAAUGAUAGUACACAAAAACAAGAAGAAGAGAAUACUGCUGUUUUGUUACCGCAAUCCUCUAGCGGGGUAGAAUGGCUUUUAGGUUCUAGAAGUAAGAUAUAUUUGACGUCUGAGCGGCCUUCUAAGAAACGUAAACUCGUGGGUGGGGAAGCGGGUUUGGAGAAGCUUUUUGUUGCUCGGCCGGUUAAAGACCAGGAGCCAUCAACAUGCUGUCAUUAUUGCAGUCUCGGGGACACGGGCAAUCAGUUGAAUAGAUUGAUUGUUUGCAAAUCUUGCGGUGUGGCGGUGCAUCAGAGAUGUUAUGGUGUGCAGCAAGAUGAUGGCGAUGGUUGUUGGGAAUGUUCUUGGUGUAGGCUGAAGAGGGAUGAAGAUGAAAUCACUAAUGGCCGUUGUCUGCUUUGCUCGCAGCAGGGUGGUGCUUUAAAGCCGGUAAGGAAGAGGGGUAAUGAUGAAGGAGGCAUCGUUGAGUUUGCACACUUGUUUUGUUGUCAGUGGAUGGCUGAGGUCUACAUAGAGGACACAAAAAGCAUGGAACCGAUUAUGAACAUUGAGGGCAUUAAGGACGUGCAGAAGAAGUUAGUAUGCUGUCUGUGCAAGGUGAAAUGUGGUGCAUGUGUCCGUUGCAGUUACGGAUCCUGUCGAACUUCUUUUCAUCCCGUGUGUGCAAGGGAAGCAAGACACAGGAUGGAAAUUUGGGGAAAAUUCGGAUGCGAUGAUGUUGAGUUGCGAGCUUUUUGCUCAAAGCAUUCUGAAGCCCAAAAAGAAGGCAGUGCAUCUAUUGAAGAUGGGGUGCUGGGUACCAAGUCAAACCUUAAAAGUCAAACAGAUUGCAUUGAUGGGGCAGAGGUCAAAGGCAGCAGCACUGCUGAAGAUGCUAAAGUGUCUGGUUCGAAUAAUGUCACUCUCAUGCUAAAGAAGCUGAUUGAUCGAGGAAAUGUCAAUUUGAAUGAUCUGGCCUCAGAGAUUAGCAUUUCUGCUAAUUCGUUGGCAUCAAACCUCGCUGAUGACUGCUUACCUCCUGAAUUGCAUGGAAAAGUGGUUAAAUGGCUUAUAAAUAACGCUCAUGGUGGUGGUUUGCAGAAAAGUUUGAAGCUUAAAGUUAAGUCUACCAAGGCUGAGAAAGAAUCGGGUGGUGAAAAUGCUAUCGUUAGAGCAUCAGACAACAACAAUGCUGGGGGUUCUCCUGUUAAGUUGGCUCCAUCUCGUAAGAAAACCAAAGGCAAUAUUAGGGUUCUGAAGGAUAACGGUCUUGUAUUGUCUCUUAAGAGGAGUUCCGCAGACGAUGGAGUUGUCUUGGAUGAGAAUAACAAUGGCGGGAAUCUUCCCAGACAGGAGUCUUCUCCUGAUUCAAAGGAAAAGAUAUCUCCCGAAUCUUGUCCAGCUUCCGAUCGAUUGCCAGACAACACUGCUGACCAUAAAGGUGCAGUUUCCGAAAAUGGCUGUGGUCAAGUGGACGGGGGUACCGACUCUAGUUGUGACACCAGGGUAAAAUCCAAUCUGGCAAGCCAUGAUUGUUCAAUUGCGAUAAAUGACAGCUCUGUUCUUAUUAGAACAGAAGCUUCUCCUGGUUCUUAUAUCCACCCGCUUAUAUGUUUGCAUAAUCAAGUUUCUUCUAAGAUGAAAGCUGAUGAGGACGAUGGUCCUGAAGUUGGUUACAAUCACCCAAAUCAAAAUUCAGCUUCUAUUGAGUCGAGUUGUGAGUUGGAAAAAACUAAGCGGAUGAGCAUCGUAAGUAUGUCUCCAGUUGAUGAAGUAGAAGGAGAACUCGUGUAUUAUCAGCACCAGCUACUUUGCAAUGCCGCUGCGCGAAAGCACAUAAGUGAUGUUCUGAUUUCUAAAGUCACAAAGUGUCUUCCACAAGAGAUUGAGUCUGUUAGAAGACAUAGCUGGGAUGCUGUGUUGGUGAGCCAGUAUCUUUCUGACCUUAGAGAAGUGAGAAAACAGGGCCGAAAAGAGAGACGACAUAAAGAAGCUCAAGCCGUGCUAGCUGCUGCAACUGCCGCUGCAGCCGCUUCGUCUCGGCUGUCAUCUUUAAGGAAAGAUACAGUUGACGAGUCUCCUCAUCAAGAGAAUACUUUGAAAAUAAAAGCUUUCGGUGGGAGAUCUGCACUUCAAGCUCAACAAGUCCCUCAAGCAAAGGAAACACAUCCCAAGUUGUCUGUAACUUGGACUUCACCCGAAAUGAACUUUAACGCUUCAUCAUCUACUUUGGAGAACAAAGUUCAUUCUAGGGUUUGUGACGUUUGUAGAAGGGCGGAGACGAUUUUGAACCCUAUUAUCGUGUGUUCUAGUUGCAAGGUGGCAGUCCACAUUGAUUGUUAUCGAAGUGUCAAAGAUUCCACAGGUCCAUGGUUUUGUGAGUUGUGUGAAGAUCUAUUGUCUUCCAGGAGCAGGGGAACCCCGUCUCGUGUAGGGGAAUGUGGCUUAUGCGGUGGCACUACUGGUGCUUUUAGGAAGUCAACUGAUGGUCAAUGGGUCCACGCCUUCUGUGCUGAAUGGGUUCUAGAAUCAACAUUCAGAAGGGGGCAAGUGAAAGCUAUUGAGGGCAUGGAGGCUAUCUCCAAGGGGAAUGACAUAUGUCUUGUUUGCAGCCGCAAAGAGGGUGUUUGUAUAAAGUGCAAUUAUGGUCACUGUCAAAGUACAUUUCAUCCUACUUGCGGUAGUAGUGUUGGCUUUUAUAUGAACGUGAGGACUAUCGGUGGAAAGAUACAACACAAGGCUUACUGCGAGAAACAUAGCCUGGUGGAAAGAACAAAGGCUGAGACUCAGAAACACGGUGCUGAGGAAUGGAAUUCUCUGAAAAAAGUUAGGGUUGAAUUGGAGAGAUUACGCCUUAUCUGUGAAAGAAUAAUAAGACGGGAGAAAUUGAAGCGUGAGCUGAUACUUUGUUCACAUGACAUGCUCCGUUGUAAUAGAGAAUCAAUAUCUUCAUCAAUGCGUGUUUGUACCACUUUCGUAUCACCUGAUGUUAGUUCAGAAUCCGCAACUACAUCCUUAAGAGGCGGUUACACAAACAGUUACAACUCUCGCAGUGAAACCAUUCACAGAUCAGAUGACGUCACAAUCGAUAGCACGGUUGCCGGUAAGCGCCGCGUUAAGUUUCCAAUGCCAACGACAAUGGACAAUGACCAAAAAACCGACGACAGCUCAACCUCUCAAAUCUUCACUCAAACUCCUACAGUUAGACCACAACUUGCGGGAAAACAAAUUCCACAAAGACCAUCUGCCGUUUCUCGUUCUGCAUCUGAUGACGUCGGCAAGUUCUUCCGGCAUGGAAAGCAUGCGGAAACAUUUGAGAAAGAGGUGGUGAUGACAUCAGAUCAAGCGUCUAUGAGAAAUCAACGGUUGCCGAAAGGAUUUGUUUAUGUUCCUAUUCGUUGCCUCUCAAACGAGGAGGAAACCAUUGCUGCCGCUGCUGCUGCCGCCGCUGAAGAAAAUUCAGGACAGGAUGAAUAAAUAUUUGUGUCAGUCACUACCCGACAUAGUGACGUACCCAUGGCAGCACGUGGGAAGUGUAGCGUAUUCAUCACCGGGUGGGAUAACGCGAGUAAUUUGUGCUUGUUUCUAAUGGUGUUGUAUAUUGAUUGGGAGAAAAAAGGUAGAGAAAGCUGUACAGUGGUAUCAAAAAAUGGGUUUUGCUUUUGUUGAUUUGUUGUAGUACUAGAUUUAUUUUACUUCAAUUUGUUUAGAUGUAAUCUUAUAGAAAGACAUUUGCAGCGGGUUGUAAAGUUGUGUACAUAGAACUUACAGCUUCAAGAAGCAAUUGCACAACACAACAUUUUAGUUAUAUGUACAAGUCUCGGGGGGUUACUUGCCUUG